GCAACUUUGCAGCCUGAUCUUAAGCUAAUUUACUAAAAAGUCAACGCCACUGGGUUGAACUCUCAAAUCAAGCGUCCAGACUUGCAGUUUCAACGUCUCGUGUGAAAACAACAGAUGAAAAGGGAAAAGAGAGAGUCUAGCCCAUAUUUUAACGCAAUUCGGGUUUUUUUAAUGAGAAGUUGCAAUGGAACUUCUUCCGUGUACUAAAUAUUGCUAGACAAAAACAGGAUUGCUAUUUCUUUUAAGUGUUGUAGAAUUUAAGGCUGCAGCCUGGUGCUAAAUUAGAAGUCAGGCCAAUUGACCUCCACGGGACGCACAGGAUCCGGCCGCACUUAACUCACCGGUGGGGGUGGGAAGAAGCUAUGCUGGACGAUAUUUAAAUAAAACCAAACCCUGCAAAGGGUAGGGUAGAGGAUAACUAAAAUGGUUUUGUUCAGGUUUUUUUUAAAAAAAGUUACAUCAGCCCUGGAACUUCCAAGAAUAGCUUUAUAAGACAAUCCUAUAGGAACGUAGGAAUUUGCUUUAUACUGAGUCAGAUCAAUGAUCCAUACAGCAUUAUUAUUGGCAGAAAAGGACCUUUGCUGUCGGGGGAAAGAAAAAGUCAAGGAAAAGAGGUUUUAUUCAUUUGCAGAAAUAAACAGCCUCCAUGCCUACCUCGCGCAAAAACUUGCAAACACAAGAUCCUCCUUAAAAAGGAGCUGAGUGUACGGGGCCCCGAGACGUGUUGGCGCCCUUGGCACACAGGCAAAGAGGGAAGUAACCCGGCCGAGUUCCUUCGGAGGCAGGCACCGAUCGCGCCCUCUCCAAGAGACGGCCCGCUUCGUCUCGGCUCCCCGAUUUCUCACAGGCAAGAAACCCGGACCCAAUUCUGACCAUCGCGACUGAAUUACGCCACUUCGCUUCUCCUCAGAACUGGCUUGCAGAGGGAGAGGUUGCUCCAUCCCCGGCUGGCGUCCUUUGCGCCCUUACUUCGGUGUAAGCCCCACUGAACUUGGUGAGACCGUCUUUUUCUGAACUCUGGUUGGGUCCGUCUUCCUCUUUCCUGGCCGCCGCUUCGCUCAUGCCUCCCCUUCAAGAGUGGGGGAGGCGGCCCCAGGGGACACCCAACCCCCCCCCCCCGAGUUAAGCGGCUAGUGAGGAAGAAGGGCCGCCGCUUCGCCGAGGUCGAUGCAGAAACAAGAUGGAAUCAAUCGCCUUAUGAAUGAAAAUGUGCAAAACUGACAAGGACAAGAAAUCCCAAGAAGAUAGGUGUGGAUGAUUCUCCUUGAGACUUCCUCCUGAUAUGGCAGGCUGGUUCAAGGCAUUCCUGCAGAAGCACAAGAACAAUUCCAGCUCCUCAAGCAGCCAGUUGGACCAUGCUUCUAAAUAUUCGCCUUCGUUGCCUUCACCUCCUCCAGUGAAAAGCUCUAGCACUCCAGCUAACAGCUCGACGGCCAGCCCCAAACAGGUGCCCUCUGCCUUCCAGGUAAGCGUGAGCAGUUCCGAUAGCGCCCGCUGGAGCAAACUGUACGACGUGUGCAUCUGCCACAAUGAGGAUGACCUUGGAUUUGUGGAGGAGCUGGCCUCCUACCUGGAGAGCCAGCCGGAACACUUCCGCUGCUUUCUUCAGCUGCGGGAUGCUGCUCCUGGGGGUGCCAUUGUUACAGAGCUGUCCGACGCUGUCCAGAACAGCCACUGCUGGGUGCUGCUGAUCACGCCCAACUUCCUCAAGGAUCCCUGGUGCCGCUACCAAAUGCAUCAUGCUUUGACGGAGGCACCCAUGGCGAACGGGCGCGCCAUCCCUGUGCUGAAGGACAUGGACCGCAGAGACUACCCUCAGGAGCUCCGGUGCCUCUACUACAUCAGUGUAGCACUCCAGGAGACCAGCUUCCGAAAGAUCAAAGAGACGGUGGUACGCUAUCUACAGGAGCUCUGUCAGAACACAAGAAGCAGAAAUUAACUGGGAGUCUGGCAGGAGCAACAGUGUUUCUGGUAUAAGUAAAGGCUGCGUCAACAGAACAUCUUUGUGCAAAUGGGAACAUUGUGGUGUUCUCUCCAGUGAAGCGGACCUUUCUCACUAUUUGAAGGGCAGAUUCCAUCCUAUCUUGUGGUUGGCGUUCCACUGUCUAGAAAGAGCACUGGCUGCGUAUAAUUCUGGGGUACUGUUAUUCCAGUAGUACUAACUGGAAUGAUUGUGAUUGUCGCGGGCAACACUAUCACAGGAGCACUAAUAUUAACAAAUCGGAUCUGCAGCAAAAUACUGCAGUGUGAAGUACUCCAGCUCAUUGUCCCAACUAGCCAGUCACACCCUCCUUCAUAAUAUUCCAUUCCAAUCUCUCCCAGCCCCAGUUUCCCAGUCCACCCACAGUAGUGAAUCAGCAUUCCGUGGCCACUGAGCAUAUCACGUUCACAUUGUACCCCAUUGACUCCCCCCUGUUCCAACUUGAUUUCUUUAAGAGUGGGUCUCCUUGGGAUACAUUUUUUUUUUGCUUCUAAAUCCCUUUAGGACCUGAAAUGGUCCAAACUGGUGAGGGACAUGAAUCUCAAGGAAACGGUUAUUUCUUUGCAGACAGUACAGUACAGCAAGGGCCCUGCUCAUACAGCAGGUUCUGUUCCGGACCGCCGCCACAAAGCGAAAUCCGCCGCAAAGCAGAAUGCAUUGACUAACGUUGACAAAAAUGGCGCCCGAUGUCCGAAAAACGUCUUAAAACCGGAACAAGCGCUGUAGGAGCGGGGCCUUUCUGCAAUUGACAACCGCUGUAUCGGUGGAACGCUGCAAAGCGGAGCGCCGCAAAGCGGGGCCCUACUGUAUAAAAAUGCCUCUGACACAAGGCUUCAUCAUAGGCCUGACUGCCAAACCAUAUCUUGAAUUUGGACCUUAUUCGGAAUUAUUGGGUUGUAGGCAUGUUCCUUUUUUCCACUUGCCUUUUACUAUAUAGACUAGACUACCUUCUCAUGCUUCUGUCCAGGAUUAUAUAGAUCGGGAGUGGGAGCCUUGUUCAGCCCCAGGGCCUCAUUCCCUUCUGGGCAACCUUCUGAAGGCUGUAUGCCAGUGGUAGGCAGGGCCAGAGGCAAAAGUGGGUGGAGCAACAAAGGUAAUAUUUUUUCCCUUUAUACAGUAGGCUACUUUCUCCGCACACUCCCACCCCUCUCUAUUCCCCAUCCAGGCUUCCAAGAGGCAUUAUCACAGUUCAUUCAAGCCAGGCAAAAGGGGCAGUGAGGGGUGUGGCCUUGGAAGAGUUGUGAGGGCCAGAUAGACUACUUGCAGGGCCCCAUGCCAGAGGUUCCCCACCCCGAUACACAGAUUUUGUCUGUUCCUGCCUCUCCUUCAGCCCAUCACAUGCAAUUUUGGAUAUAAAUAAUACGCUUCAUUCUUCAUUUCUCCCCUACCACAACUUAGAUGUAUAUCCACGAGUCCGACGGUGGAUACUGUGAAGAAAGUUAACAGCCAGUCUAAUACUUAACAACUUUUCUGAUCCGCUGUAUGUUUUAGCCCAGGAAUGGGGAACCUGUGGCCCUCUAAAUGUUGGCUGUCUCAUCAGCCUGCAGGGCCGAUGGUCAGGGCUGAUGGAAGCAGUAGUCCAGCAAUAUCUGGAGGGCCACAGGUUCCGUUUUGGCCUGUGGAAGGGGCGUCUCAAUGUCUUGUUUGGAUAUUCAGCUUCUCCAUUUUGCAGCACAGUACCCGAAGAAGCAGAGAUGAGGGCCAACUCUUCAUUGUCAGGGUUUAUUUUUGUAAUGUUAUCGAACAUGAUUUUUCUGUGUUUAAACUGUAACUUAACUCAAUUUUAAAUGAGAAUAAAGUGGCCUUUUUUUAAAAAAAA